AUGCGUUACUCACAAGCACUCCUCCUCCCAAUCGCUCUGGCCGCAGCCCAGGACCUCGGUGACAUCGGCAAUGCCAUCACCUCAGUCGGCGGCGACAUCGCCAGCGCCGCAGAAUCAAUAGGCAGCCAGAUCACUGACGGCGCCGGCGACAUCGGCUCAGUCAUCACCUCGUUCGGCGGCAGCGUCUUCACCGUAGCCACCAACGGCGCCGGCGACGUUCUCAGCACCAUCACGCAAGAAGCCGGCGCGUUCGGCUCAAAAGUAACCUCCGUCGGCGGAAGCGUCUUCACCGUAGCCACCAACGGCGCCGGCAGCGUUCUCAGCACCAUCACCAACGAAGCCGGCGAAUUCGGAUCCAAAGUGACCUCCGUCGGCGGCUCAGUCUUCACCGUCGCGACCAACGAGGUAGGCAGUGUGAUCAGCACCAUUACUUCUGCAGGUGGCGAGUUUGGCACGAGGGUCACUUCGGUUGGAAAUAGUCUUGUGACGGAGGCGACGGAUGCUGCUGGCAGUGUUGUGAGCACGGUCACGGAGGGGGCUGCGAAUGCUGCUACUGGGACUAGUGAGGCUGGUGCUGUGAUCACGAAGGCACCGUAUGUUGCUGGUGGUCUGCUUGGUGCGGGUAUGGCUGUUGUAGCUCUGCUCUAG